UUAUUAUUGUACAGAUUGUCAUUUAUUUUAGUUUUACUAGGAGUAGGUACGACAGAUAAUCAUAUGUCCCCUAACUCUUCAACGAAACUUCGGAAGGACAGUAGGAAAGUAUUCAGAAAAAGGCAUAUCGGAAGAUCCGUGAAGUCUUACUGGCAACACGACUCAACUUACACCGAAUCCCAAGAAACGUCACCAAAAAUCUGCAUCCAAAGUCCACUGCUAAUCACAAAUCAAGUCAACCCCGAGCACGAUCGAACCUUGUGCCCUUGGAAGUGGAAAGUCAACAGAAACCACAGACGGAAGCCACCGCUUCUGUCCGAAGCCGUUUGUCUGUGCCGAUACGCGAGAGGCUUCCGGAUGGCCCGCUGCAUGCCAAUCUUACGUGAAAUUGAUGUGCAAGUACUGGUUGAUGAUCCAGUGGCAGAGAAAGCCAUUUAUAUCGAUACUCAGGAAAUUAUUUCAGUUGGAUGCAAUGCAGUUGUGCCAAAUAUUCGACUGGCUCAGCAAUUUAUUCCUUCACCGAUUUGGCAAGACAUGCAAUAA